AUGGCAAAGAGACUGUCUUCGCUAUUCUCCCUUUCAAGGGAUGAUAACGAAGCACCACAAUCUACCACUGCGCUCUCUCCCAACUAUCCGCCGUCUCCCAAUCACGCGAUCAGUCCUACCUCUCGGAAAUCGUACAAAUACCGAGUUACCUCGUCCUCCGAGGUCGAUCCCGUUGAAAAUCUUCCUCGUCUUGCCCCUCCUCCGCUUCUCUCCGAAUCCGGGUUUGUUCGACCUCCCAGCAGUCACCGGGGAACAGACAGCCGACCUGGGAGCAGAGCGAGUAGCCCGCAGAGUCAGGUUCAAAGUCGGGAUGGGAGCAGGAGUCGGCCUCAGACGCCGAAUUCGUUGAUACCCCCAGGCGCAGCCACUUCUACGGGGCAACCUGCAACGCCUACAUCCGCGAAGAUAACCAAGAAAAAGAGUUGGUUGGCAGGGAAAUCAGACAAGCAUGAGUUUGAGGACGGGCAUUCGCACCAGAAGGCUUGGAUUGCUGGACUCCGGGAGUACGUGGCGUACGAUUUGACGCCACUGCUAAGAGGUGAAAAGGUACCCGAACUUUGGAAUGAUCACGGAGACACCGUUCUCUACCUAUAUCCCCCAUCUUCAGGCCGAGGACCCUGCUUCAAGAUUGACUCCUCACUUCUCAUGGACUCCAAAUCUCUUGUCAACCUUCGAUUACAGUCUCCAACCUCACCUGUGGAUAGACAUGGCGAUCCGGAGCAGAUUCAAUCUCCUUUUUCAGAAAUGUCCAUGGCUCCUCGGCAGAUACGUCUGCCGUCGCCGCAAAGCUCUACCUACCGUUCCUCCAUGACCUUCUCCGUACCAAAUAUCGUCACCGCUGUCAAUCAGGAAAGGCACGUGUAUCUUCCCAUGGGAUUCGAAGGAGAUCUAUCACAACCCGGCUCUGAGCCCCAAGGAGAUGAUUUCGAGCUGAUUGUUCUGUACCGCAACUUUUUGGCCUUUCUUGCCGGCGGUGCGCUUGUAGCAACUCCCAGACAAGUUACUCUUUUCGCGAUCUUUAUGGGUAUCAGUACUAUCCUCAAAAGAUUCUGCUUCAGCAACUCCGACGGCUCCACAUUCGGAGAUGUGCCCUUUAACAGUUUCUCCCGAUACUGCGACGAGUUGAGACUCGCAGAUGUACGAUCGAGCCGAGAAAAGACAAUCGAAGCCAUUGUUCUGGGUGAGCAUCUAAGGUCCUGGCCGCUUUACAACGAAGGGUUCACGCAUGCUGUCGGUCGGCUUGCAGAUAUUAAGUCUAUCAAAAGUCCCAAAUACGAAAGGAUGUCCCCGAUCACUAUCAGUCGGCUGGAACGUGCACAUCUCGACAUUGAGCAAAGAUUAUUGGCCGUCAGAGGAAAGCUUGAGGACUUCGACUUCCCUUCCAUGUUUGCGGGUAUUGCCAAUUCCCAAACAUCGACCGAAGCCAAGCUCGUUCGCUUCAAGGAAUGGAAAGCCGGCUUUUUGGAUUUUCGACGCUUCACGUUGGCCUACUAUCGUCGGAAGUAUGGAGCAUGGCCGCCAAAAGCAUCUUCGAAAAAGAACAAUUUUGAAGAGAGCGGCCUGAACCGAGUGCUCCUUCAAGAACUAUACAAAGAUUUCACGGACUUGUACGACAUACUUGUUGACCGAUCUUCAUUAACAACGCGAACGGUCGACAUGCCUCCCGUGGACGAAGAUGUCGAGUCAAGCGACCAGAACGAAACUAUUCAACAUGCCAUCCGACGUGUGGAAAGCGAGUAUGAUCGAGCAACUCCUCCAGUCAUCCCGCCCAUACCAUUCGACACACCGUUGAUUCCUCAAUUCUCGCACAGUUUUAAUCGCAGGCACGUUGUAGUCUCGGACAAGUCGGCGUUACAGACCAAGAAACUGAAAGAGAAUGAGGUGAACGAAGUACUGCUUGGGUCUUACAACCGUGAGUCCAUCAACGCCAGUACGUGGGUCCAGGAUUUCUUCAACUACGAACGCCGUCUCGGUCACGGAAAGACUCUUGAUCAAGUCGUCGAUGCGAGAUGUGGACAGUGGCUUUUCAUAUAUGCCGUUUUGCAGGCCCUACCAAUGACGGUUGUGGAUGCAAGGGAUCUCAAACACACCGAAGGAGUUGAAUACUUUCUGUGCGUCGCACCAAGGGGUGGUCGACCAUGGAUGAAGGAAGAUCAAUCAGUAUCACGAGCCUGGUACAAUGUCGCCAGUGGCGGCGGCAUUGUUAGCCUUCCUGCUGACCUGAUCGAUCACAGCGUCGAAGGGAUUUACCGACGCAGCCAUUGUUGGACGGAAGCCACGAAGUGGACACAAUCUUCAGAAGACAGUCUCAUGGGAACCACUCAGCAUGCAGAUGGCACUGCUCUUCAACCACCAAACCGAAUCAGCGCUCAUUCACCAUACCUCAGUCCUCAACAAUCACCCUAUUUGAGCCCUGUGUCCUCGCCACAGAUGAGACCGAUCUCUCCUGCUAUCUCUAAUGACGGGCGCAAUGCUGGCAGAGACAGAACUUCAAUGAAUCUUGGACUCGAAGCCAUGGAUGCACCGCCUCCUCAACGUGCAUCCCGACCUAAUUCAGCCUUCAACCCGAAUAUAACCUUUGAUGCAAUUCUGGGUCCUACUGAAGAACUAAAGCCUAAAGGAAAGAAAGGAAAGAAAUGA